AUGGGGUUAGUUGUCCCACAGCACGUGGGACCUUCCCAGACCAGGAAUCACACCAGCGGCCCCUGCAUUGCAAGGCGGAUUCUUAACCAUCGGACCCCCAGGGAAGUCCCCAGGCCAUGUCUGAAGCUCUCCACCAUGUACAGGCUGGACCUUGGCAGCCUUUCUGCAUUCCGAGGCCAGGCAGACCUGGGCUGGAUCUUUGGGCUCCGUCAUGUCUCCUCACUCACUCUGGAGGGCUCUCUGUCAGGACAAAGGCCUCGGAGGCUGCUUGCAGGAAGGCCUGCAGGCAGGACAGAAUCCAGUGAGAGCCAGGGUCAUGGUGAUACCGGUCUGUAUGUGUGGAAAGAGUCUGAGCUUCUGCAACCCUAG